AGUCACGUGCGCGCUCCAUGGGCUGGAGUCCAGGGCUUAGCGCACAGUUUCCACAACGUGGUUCCUCCACGGCACCAUGGAAACUAGCGUGGAGAUGCCGCAUUCGGCGGCCCGGCCGCUGCCCUGCGCGGAGAUCCCGGCCUUCGCGGCCGCCUGCCGCCUGGUGCGGAGCCGCUACUCGUGCCUGGUGGCGGCGCCGCAUCGGAGGCACAUCGCGCUGACGCCGCGCUACCUGAACCGGAAGCGCACCGGGAUCCGCGAGCAGCUCGACCGCGAGCUGCUGAGAUACUCGGAGAGCCUCAGCGGUGUGCCAGUGGCUUAUGAUAACAUCAGAGUAGUGGGUGAAUUAGGUGAUAUUUAUGAUGACCAAGGAUUCAUCCAUUUUAACAUUGAAGCAGAUUUUGUCAUUUUCACUCCCAAGAAAGGAAAAAAGCUUGUGGGUGUGAUCAAUAAAGUGGCCCCAAGUCAUAUUGGCUGUCUGAUACAUGGGUGUUUCAAUGCUUCCAUCCCUAAACCUGAUCGAAUGUCAGCUAUAGAGUGGCAAGACCUUGGGUUAAAAAUAGGAGAUAAACUGGAAUUUGAAGUGGUGCAUUUAGAUUCUGAUGCUGCUGGAGUAUUCUUCAUUCGGGGGAGACUGAAUAAAGACAGUAUGCAAUCCAAAUAUCCUGAAUCAGUAACUGAAGAUACAAACAGUAUAGAUGAAAUACCAAAGAAAAAACACAAGAAAAGAGACAGAAGGAAUUGUGAGUUAGAAAAUGACACAGAGCUUACAGACAAUGCAGAUACUACUGUGGUGGAAGAUGCAGAAGAGCAGAAUGCUGGUACAGUAAAUGGAUUUUAUGAUAAAAAGCCAAAGAAGAAGAAAAAACAUAAGCAAGAAAAGCAGAAACCUGUAUUUUAUGGAAGUGACUGUAGUGGUUACCCGAGUGACCAUAAAAAGGUUAAGAGAAAGAAAAGAGAACAUUGUGAUGUAGAUGAAGAGAGUGAAUUAUCUCAAUUGUCACAAGAACCUAAAGCCAAAAAGAGAAAGGAAUGACAAAUGGACUGAAGAGUCCAAAAAUCCCUUGAUUGAAUGUAAGAUUGUCAUCUUCUUUCAGAAGUACUUGAUAAAUUUCCAAUAAAAUCAU